CCACUAUCGACGGGUGAAAACGCAUAUAUUUUGGAUUACCAGUUGUGGUGUUCAUUACUGCAAUUGAUGACAAUGACCCCAAUGACUGGGCCUCUCGAUUCACUCGCUAGGGACUUGGAGAUCGUCGAGUUGCUUGCGACAGUGUUCAGCGACGAGUACACACAGGGCGUAGCCUCCUCCUCCUCGACGAAUCAAACGUCUGCGACUUUGCCGCCCGAAACGAGGCGGCGGAGAGCAUGCCAAACUGACGGCUGCCACCGCACGAUUGUGAGCAAAGGGUGCUGUAUUCGCCACGGGGGAGGCAAGCGAUGUCAAGUUGCCUUGUGCGACAAGGGGGCCAAGCACAAUGGCGUGUGUUGGAAACACGGCGGAUCGCGGAUAUGCAAGCGGGACGAGUGCAGCAACCAUUCCAAGGCUAGGGGGCUGUGCUGGACCCAUGGAGGCGGAAAACCCUGUGCCACGCUGGAGUGUAGCCGCACGUCGCUGCAAGGGGGGCACUGUUGGGCGCACGGCGGGGGUACUUACUAUACACCCUUGGCGCUGCUGACUUGAUGACGUUUCGUAGGAAAGCGGUGCAAUCAGGACGGAUGCCAGCGGCCAGCGUACGAACGCAACGGCAACUACUGCACGGUGCAUAGUAGCCAGCACAUCCCCGCGCCCCCUCCGCUAAAUGAGACCGCCGCAAGUUGAGCGGCACGUAGUAACAGAAAAAAGAUAGUCAGUGUCGAGGUGUAUGCCGUGAUCGAAACCAGUUUGGUUUGAUAUCUUUCUAAGCCGGCCGAGAACCAAGGGGUGCUACGCCCGCUACUUCAAUGUCCUAAUGAUAACAAUUGAAAGAGAUUAUGCACGCAUACCUGAUGGGCAGAUCCUUUGAAUGUGGGGCAUUAGUGUCGUACGAAGCCGUGCCUAGCUGGUUGAUUUGUUAUCACAUACUCUUCCUCAG